AUAAGAUUCUAAUAGUAGGAAUCGCUUCCAUAACUAGCAGACGACUAAGUCUAGCAGACGGCGCAUAGCUAGCGUCGUUCGCGGGCGCUUGUGACUUUGUUUCAAAAUCGAAGAUUGUUGAACACCAAAAGAUACGGUUUUUGUAAACGAAACUGAAGAGUUAAUUGUGAAAAAAAUAGAAAUCAAUCGAAAUGGAUCCCGAAGCAUUCCUGGAUAUGGCCAAUCAGGUCAUUAAAUUGAAAAUGUUCCCGUACUUUGAUAUCGCACACUGCGUACUCUGUGCAUUACACGUCAGAGAAGAUUUAGGACCCGGUGCUCAAGCAUUUUCUCGGAAACAUCCUCUAUCAUGUUGGCUUUCAACAAUGUUGGUAGUGUUUGCAAGUGGUAUGCUAUGCAAUGGUCUUUUAGGAGAACCUAUUCUUGCACCUUUAAAAAACACACCACAAGUAAUAGUAGCAACCAUUGUUUGGUAUGUGAUAUUUUAUACACCAUUUGAUAUUGGAUAUAAAAUUGCUAAAUUUUUACCAGUAAAAAUUGUAUGUGCUACUAUGAAAGAAAUAUAUAGGUGUAAAAAAGUAUAUGAUGGAGUAACUCAUGCAGGAAAACUGUAUCCAAAUGCAUAUCUUAUUAUGGUAUUAAUUGGAACACUCAAAGGAAAUGGAGCAGGUUUUACAAAACUUUUUGAACGACUUAUACGGGGAGUAUGGACUCCAACUGCUAUGGAAUUUAUGCAACCUAGUUUCCCUACAAAAGCAUCAAUGGUUGCAUCCAUUAUUUUCGUCCUAGACAAAAAGACUGAUCUUAUUUCGGCACCUCACGCACUGGUUUAUUUUGGUAUCGUUAUUUUCUUCGUGUAUUUCAAGCUAUCAUCUAUUCUACUUGGAAUCCAUGAUCCGUUUGUACCAUUCGAAAAUCUAUUCUGUGCGUUAUUCCUCGGAGGAAUUUGGGAUUCGUUAGCCAAAUUGCUGGGCCGAGGCCAAGCUAAAGACGAGAAAGCAGAUGCCAAAAAAAAGGAUUAAAUGUACAAUUUCUCCAAAAUGGAUUUUAAUAUUUGCAAUGAUUUGAUUCACUGAGAAUCAAUGAAUAAUAUUAAUUUAAAUUAGUCAAACGAUAUUCGCAUAUUUUAAAGUAUGACCAUGAACAAAACAUUAAAUAUUGAAAGUACAAUAAUUUAUUAUCAAACAUAUUUUAAUAAUUAUAAGUGAUAUAUGUUGAGAAGUAUGACUUCCAUUGUUAAUAAUAUCAACAGUAUUAUUUCUGUUGAGAAUAUAAAACUUGCUAACAUAAUUAUCUUUUUAUAAUUAAUUAAAUUUUAUCAAAUUAACAUUAUGUAACGAUUAACUUCGUUAUUUCUAUAAAAAUAUAAAAUUAUUCAUAUAAAAAUAUUGUAAAAGUUAAAAAUGUAUCUCUUGUUGAUUUUUUAAUAAUAUGUAUACAUAUAAUGAAUGUUUACAUUAUUAGUUGCCAGCAUUUUUCUUUCAAGCAAUAAAUUUAAAAAAAAAAUUUUUUUAAAUGAAAAAAAUGCUAGAAACUAAUAGCGUGAACAUCUUAUGCAUACGCUAAAUCAUUCAUACAUAUACAUAUACAAUAUCUAGCAAUAGUAAAAAUGUCAUUAAUAUAUUUCAUUAUUAAGGAAAAGUGCAAUUUUUAAGUAUAUAAUAUAAAACUUAAGUAUAAAAUUUAAUAAUGUUUUAUUUUAAUUCUGAUAUGUUUUAAUUUCUGAUAUCUUGUAUUUGUAAACAAAUACAAAUAAUUAAUUAUCAUACAUACUCAGGUUAAUAAAAUUAAGGUAAUAAAAAUUCAGAUAAUAAAACAAAUAACAACUAAAAUUUAGUAUAAUGAAAAUAUAGGGAUAAUCAACAAGAAAAAAAGUAAAACUUUUUUAUACUAUUUUAUUAUAAUUAAAUACGAAUAAUUGGUAUUUAUCAUACACAUAUAUAAAAAGAGUUUAUCUCUAACUCAACAAUAUGAUAUAUGUUCAUUUACUAUGAAAAUUAAAUGUAAUUUUCAUAUAAUAUUCCAAUUGACAAAAUGUUAUACAUUUUCAUACAAUAAAAUGAAGUUUGUUCUUC